AUGGAUAGAGAAUGGAUGUGUGAUCCAUCCAAAAAAAGUGAAGAAUAUAUUCGAGGAGUUAAUGAAUUUCUUGAAUUUGCUUUUCAAAAUUCACAAAUCAAUGGAAAAAUAAUGUGUCCUUGUACAAAAUGUGCCAAUUGUCACUCUUAUUCUCGCGUAUGUGUUUAUGAACACUUAACAGAUCCACAUCGUGGAUUUCUUAGAGGCUAUAGACAAUGGAUAUAUCAUGGUGAAAAACCUAGAACUUCAAGUAGCGCUACUAAACAAAAUGUAGAAAUGGAGCAUGACAUGGAUGGAUUAGUUCAUGAUGUAUUUGGAGUUCAUUCUACAGAAGAGCCAAUUUGUGGUGAAGGUGAAAGGAUUCCCGAAGUUAGAGAAAACUCUAAAUUUUACGAAUUUGUAAAGGAGAAUGAGCAAAUGCUUUACCCCAACUGUAAGAAGUAUAGCAAGCUAUCAUUUAUGGUACAUUUGUAUCAUUUAAAGUGUCUUCAUGGGUGGAGUGACAAGUCAUUCUCCAUGUUGCUUGAUUUACUAAGAGAUGCUUUACCAGAAGAAAAUGUUUUGCCAAAGUCAUAUUAUGAAACUAAAAAGAUUGUUUCAGGAUUAGGUUUGGGGUAUGAGAAGAUCCAUGCUUGUCCCAAUGAUUGCAUAUUAUAUUGGGAUAAAUAUGCCAAAUAUGAAGUAUGUCCAAAGUGUAGUACGUCAAGGUGGAAAACAACAAAUGAAGACGUACAAGGUAAUGGAAUGGAGACUUCUGAGAGGCGAAAGAAGAUACCAGCAAAGAUCCUUCGAUGGUUUCCAUUGAAACCAAGGUUGCAAAGGUUAUACAUGUCCUCCAAAGUUGCAGAAUCAAUGAGAUGGCACCAUGAGAGUAGAUUGAAUGAUGGUUCUCUUAGGCAUCCAGCUGAUUCCCUUGCUUGGAAGAAUUUUGACGCUCGAUAUCCAACAUUUUCGUUAGAUCCUCGUAAUGUUCGAUUAGGAGUGGCUUCAGAUGGUUUCAAUCCUUUCAAGACUAUGAGUAUUACUCAUAGCACUUGGCCUGUCAUUCUAAUUCCUUACAAUCUUCCUCCUUGGAUGUGCAUGAAACAACCAUACUUCAUGUUAUCACUAUUAAUUCCGGGUCCAAAAGGUCCUGGAAAUAACAUUGACAUUUAUCUGCAACCUUUAGUACAAGAGUUGCAAGAGUUAUGGGAUGAUGGAAUUGAAACAUUUGAUGCCUAUAAGAAAGAGACAUUUCAACUUCGUGCAGCUGUGAUGUGGACUAUUAAUGACUUUCCAGCAUAUUGA